UGGGGGUGCCAUCAGGUUCAACCACCUGACAUGGGAGGUGUGGCUCUGGAGAGGGCCCCCGCCGGCCAGCCCCGAGUUCGGGCACGAGCCCGGGAGCGACGUCCCCGUCCCGGCCCUGACCGCGCCAGACGAGGUCCAGGCCGUGGUGCAGGCGCCGCUCGGUCCGGUGGCGGCCGACGAGCUCCCCGAGGAGGGAGUCUGGUACCCAGUGAGGGAGCCCGUCAGCACGCCGACCAACAGCGUCGGGGACUGGAGCACCGUCCCGCACAUCGCCGGCGGCAAGAAGAACUGGCAGAGUCAGAUGAGAGGUCCUGGCGUGAUGCUGGUCAAGCUCCUGGAGCGGGGUGGCCUGCUGGGAGCUGGGGACUCCAAGGCCAUUCUCGAGGACCGCCAGAGCAAGCAGCUGUAUCCGAGCUGCCAACUGUGCCCCACCGGUGAGGUCAUGGUGAAGGGCGCGCUCCUCGAAGAUCUGGCCGUUCGCGCGCGCCCGAAGCCCGCCGCGCGGAACUCCUCGCUGCCACCCUCCCUGGACAGAUGUCCCGGCAAGCGCGCGGCUGCCAAGGGCGGCUGCACAGGGGCGACGAGCGCGAAGGCAAGGGAGAACGACAAUGAUAACGGCCUCUCCAGGGACGAACCGGCUGGGAGCGAGGCGGUGGUCGACGACCCGCUAAGCCGCGGCCCCAGCCUUGGCAAGGCGAGGGCAACGGUCAUGCGUUUGAGGCCCUCAGACUCCAUCGGCGUCGUCUGGGACCGACAGGCGUCUUGGGAAGUGAUCGAGAUGGGCAGCGAGGACGGCCUCCAAGCGUUGAGUGCGAGGUCUCCUUGGAUCAAGGCCAAGAGCCCAGUGGCAACCCCCAUGCUCGCGCUGAGGCGCGCCGACUGGUAUCUAGAUGUACCCCAGAAGGUUGUGAUCGAUGGCCGUGGAAGGAGAUGGCCAAUUUUCCAGUGCCCGCCAGCUUUCUCCAAUGCCCAGGCGCGAGCAGGUGUCAGCAGGGCCAUGGCCAGGCAGGAGCAGAUGAAUCAAACGGAUUUUGCAGCGUGGAAAGGACGCGACGAUCUCGGGAGCACUCUGGCCAAGGCCGGUGAGACAUUCAUGCAGCAGACUGAGAGCGAGGGUGACCUGCUCGCCAGAUGCGUCUUUCCCGACCCCAGCUCGUGGCUCGUCAGGCCCCCGGGGGCCCCGAGCUUCAACUGGCCCGCGGACUGCGUGCUGGUGACCAAAAGAGAACGGAAGGUAUUCGCGGAUGGGGCCUGCCGCGAGAUGCACUGCCCAGGAGCUCUUUCCAUGAAGGUGGUGGCCUGCCAGAGCGAGGCGGCCAUGAGGGGAGGUGGGAACACGCGUGCGGAGUGA